CACCGCCCACGUCAGCACCUUGCGGAAAUACCGCUGCGAGAGGACAGGUCGAUCGGAACCAGUACUCGAGAUGUUUUCAUACUCCAAUAGAGAGUUUCAAAUCUAAAUUUACGCAUCAUUAUCUACUCACGCCACUAGUUGAGUUAGUGCACUUGAUCUCCCAUCCGGUGCCGGUUCCGGUUAAUAGGCGCAACGGGAAAAAGAGGGACAAAAUGUCCCUGUUCCAAUCAGCCCUCGAUUUCCUGGCCGGGCCCGGCGGAUCCGUCGGCGCCGCAAGCCGGGAUCAGAACGACUUCGUCGGGCAGGUGGUGGAGCUCGGAGAGCUCAAGCUCCGGAUCAAACGAGUCAUUGCGGAAGGUGGCUUUGCGUUUGUGUAUGAAGCCCAGGAUUUGGGCAGCAGUAAGGACUACGCUCUCAAGAGACUUCUCUCCAAUGAAGAGGAAAAGAACAAAGCCAUCAUUCAGGAAGUCUGCUUCAUGAAAAAGCUGUCCGGUCACCCCAACGUCGUGCAGUUCUGCUCCGCUGCGUCCAUCUGUAAAGAAGAGUCGGACACGGGCCAGGCUGAGUUCCUCAUCCUCACAGAGCUCUGUAGAGGCCAGCUGGUUGAUUUUGUGAAGAAGGUGGAGCAGAAAGGGCCCAUGUCAUGUGACACAGUGCUGAAGAUCUUUUACCAGUCAUGCCGUGCUGUGCAGCACAUGCACAAACAGUCUCCACCAAUCAUACACAGGGACUUGAAGAUUGAGAAUUUGCUGAUCAGUCACCAGGGCACCAUGAAGCUGUGUGACUUCGGCAGCGCCACUAUUGUGGCACAUUACCCAGACUACAGUUGGUCUGCUCACAAGAGAUCUAUGGUGGAAGAUGAGAUCACUAGAAACACGACUCCAGCAUACAGAACACCAGAGAUGAUUGACCUGUAUUCCAACUACCCAAUAAACGAGAAACAAGACAUAUGGGCUCUGGGCUGCAUCCUGUACCUGCUUUGUUUUAAGCAGCACCCAUUUGAAGAGGGAGCCAAACUUCAGAUAGUAAACGGCAAAUACAACAUUCCACAAAAUGACAUCAAGUACACAGUCUUUCAUCAACUCAUCCGAUCUAUGUUGAAAAUCAACCCGGAGGAACGUCUGUCGAUCAGCGAGCUUGUUAACCAACUGCAGGAGAUCGCUGCAGCCAGGAACGUCAACCCCAAAUCUCCCAUUACUGAGCUCCUGGAGCAGAACGGAGGUUUCGGGAACAACAGUGCGCAGCUUCCUUCUCAGAUCAACAACAUAAACAACGCUGGUGUGUAUGACACAGACCCGGCCAUGGGUGGAGGCUUCCUGGAUAUUCUGAAAGGAGGAACCGAAAGAUUCCUCACCAACAUCAAAGACACUUCAUCCAAAGUCAUCCAGUCGGUGGCCAGUUAUGCUAAGGGAGACCUGGACCUGUCCUACAUCACCUCCAGAAUAGCAGUCAUGUCUUUCCCAGCUGAAGGAGUUGAAUCUGCCAUUAAGAAUAACAUUGAGGACGUGCGUCUGUUCCUGGAUUCUCGACAUGCGGGUCAUUAUGCAGUAUACAACCUCUCCAAGCGCUCCUAUAGACCGGCCAGGUUUCACAACAGGGUAUCAGAGUGUGGCUGGCAACCUAGACGAGCUCCUACUCUGAAGAACUUGUACAGUAUAUGUAAGAACAUGCAUCAAUGGCUCAAACAGGACCAGAGGAACAUCUGCAUCGUACAUUGUCUGGAUGGACGGGCAGCGUCGGCUGUGGUGGUUUGUGCGUUCCUCUGUUUCUGUCGUCUGUUCUCUACAGCCGAGGCUGCAGUGUACAUGUUCAGCAUGAAGCGAUGUCCACCGGGCAUCUCGCCCUCACACAAGCGGUAUAUUGAAUACAUGUGUGAUAUGAUGGCAGAGGAGCCCAUAAUCCCCCACAGCAAGCCUAUAACCAUCCGCUCUGUCGCCAUGACACCCGUGCCACUCUUUAAUAAGCAGCGAAACGGCUGCCGGCCGUUCUGUGAGGUUUAUGUCGGUGACGAGCGCAUCGCAACCACCUCACAGGAGUUUGACAGAAUGAAGGAUUUUAAGAUGGAGGACGUGCGGGCGGAGAUUCCUCUGAAUAUAACCGUGCAGGGGGACGUUGUGAUAGUGAUUUAUCACGCCCGCUCCACGCUGGGCGGACGCCUGCAAGCCAAAAUGGCUUCUAUGAAGGUGUUUCAGAUUCAGUUCCAUACAGGCUUUGUGCCCAGAAACGCCUCCACUGUCAAAUUUGCAAAAUAUGAUCUCGAUGCGUGUGACAUCCAAGAGAAAUACCCUGACCUCUUCCAGGUACAAGUAAAUGUGGAGGUGGAGCCUCAGGAUCGCCCUAGCAACAAGACUACGCCCUGGGAAAACUUUGCCACAAAAGGACUUAAUCCCAAGAUCCUUUUCUCCAGCCGAGAUGAACAGCAAGAGAUCCUGACAAAAUUUGGUAAACCAGAGCUUCCACGUCAGCCUGGUUCAACAGCCUGCUACGCCUCUGAACCGUCUCAGCCGGAGCAUUCUCCUGAAGGGCCACAGACCGAACCAGAUUCCCCUUCUCCUCAAAGCACUGACACCAACGCCAACAGCUUCUUCCAGAUGCUUGACUGGGAAGAUGGAAGUCGGCAGUUCGAUCGCUCUGACAGCCAAUUGGAUGACCAGGAGGACUUGAGUGGCGGCUCGGAGGAGGAGUCAGUGUCUUACUCCGCCCCCAUUGAUGGGACUCUGUCACGUGACACCAGUGAACCGCUCUUCGAGGCAGAUUUCACAACCACACCACCUGACCCCCAGCCCGACACAGAGGACCUGCUCGGCCUGAACUCUGACCCCUGUCUUUCGGCCGAGAACAUUUCUGUGGUGACGGGUCUGAAAAGUUCUGCUAGUAACAGUGAUUUACUAAACGAUCUGUUCGCCCCUCCAUCCAACGCUGCGCCUCCAGCUGACACAGAAGACCUGAUCGGAGAAGGUACAGGAGAAGAUCUGUUCUUCCCCAACACGUCCAGCCAACCGGCACCAGCGGCUAAUAAAGACUUCUUUGACCCCUUUGGUGUGGGGUCAGCAUCUUCAGGGUCAGAUCUAUUUGGUGACCUCUUGGGGUCAGACAGUGGAAGUAGUGGCUUCAAAGCUCCGCCUCCUGCAUCCAACUCCAGCCUGUUUAACCUCAAUAAGUUAGCAAGCGAGACUCCGAAGAUGACAUCAUCCGCGAGUCAGCCUGAUCUGUUAGGUGGGUGGGACAACUGGACCACAGGUGGAACCAGCACGACUAUUAACAUGACCACCGCUGCCAGCAAACCUACUAUGAGUGCCUCAGGACUCUCAUCUUUCUCCAAGGCCAAAUCUCAGAGCUUUGACCCCUUCGCAGACCUGGGCAACCUGCCCUCAACACUACCUGGCUCAUCCAGUGCUGGUUUCUCUGGUUCAGGUUAUAAAGCGGCGCCCUCUGCGGGUGGCCCAAAGAACUCAAGUCAGCAGUGGCAGCAGAACCCUCGGCCCUCAUCUGGCCCGAACAAACCCUGGAUGCCUCUAAACUCCGCGUCCAGGCAGCAAACCCAGCCCUCCAAACCUGUUCCCCAACCGGCUAAACCAAACUACGUCCCCAGCUUCAGUGUGAUCGGUGGGCGAGAAGAGAGGGGCAUCCGUGGACCGGCCUUUGGUCGUAAGCCCAAAGUGAAAGAAGACGACUUUGAGGAUCUUCUGUCCACACAAGGUUUCGGCUCCAAACCUGACAGGAAGACGCCCAGAACUAUAGCUGAGAUGAGGAAGCAGGAGCUGUCUAAAGACAUGGACCCUCUCAAACUUCAGAUCUUAGAUUGGAUCGAGGGGAAGGAGCGUAACAUCAGGGCUCUGCUCUCCACACUGCACACUGUCCUGUGGGAAGGAGAAACCCGCUGGAAGCCCGUCAACAUGGCGGAUCUAGUCACACCUGACCAGGUGAAGAGGGUCUACAGGAAGGCCGUGCUUGUUGUGCACCCAGACAAGGCCACCGGUCAGCCGUACGAGCAGUACGCUAAAAUGAUCUUCAUGGAGCUGAGCGAUGCCUGGUCCGAGUUUGAGAACCAUGGAUCCAAAGCCCUGUUCUGAACACGCUCAGUGAGCGUCUGCCAGGUGCAGCGAGCCCCCUACAGGCACAGCGCUCUCUCUCUCUCUCUCCACACACACACACACACACACACACACACACUGAGAGAGAGAGGCUGGCAGUGGAACAGAUCAAUCACAGGAAGAAAACAGACCUCUUAUGUUUGAGGAACGGACAGAUCUCUUCCUGAACUACCACACGCUCUCCUGAGUGAAACCUGUAGCGUUGGAUUUCUCCUCCUUCAAAAGGGGACCAUGCUAGCAUCCUUUUGGCAAACACACUAACACACACACACACCUGAGACUACAGUCUGUGUCUUGCACUUCAAAAGAGCUUGAAAACUGAUGGUUUCUGGGAUGAAGACAGACAUGAUUAUCGCUGAUCUAUUUUAUGCCAUUCUAUGCAUCACACUUUUGUCAUUCUUUUGUUUUCACCUUUUUGUUUUUCAAUCAGUGUGGUUUGUCAAUUACUGAUGUAAAUAUUCACUCGACUCGUGUGUGUGUGUGUUUGAGGGUGGAUCGUGUUCAUGUGAAGCGAAAGCAGAGGUUUGGACGUCUGCUCUCCAUGAUGUGAAGUUUCUGUUGGACUUUUCAUCACUUUCCCUUCAGUCUCAUCAUGUUUUCACUGAUCUCCAGUGUUAAUUCUCUCCAGGCACCUCGUUGGAAGAUGUCGUUUGUGUAUUUGUAGGUUCAGGGCUCAUUUUCUGCAGUCCAAAGGGUAUUCCAGUGACCGAAAAGAAACUUAACUUCAACAAAACCUCUGAACUCUCCAUUUUUUUUUUUUAUCUCAACAUGGACCAAUCAGAAAUGUCUGUCUUAUUUAUUGUUUUUGAAAGCUGUACAUGGCUAAUGGAUGGAUAUAAAACGGACUAAAAUAUCAAAUUUAUUGUAAACGAUGAAACAAGCUGAGCAUUUUGCAAAACUAAAAUCAUUCCAAAGCA